CCUCGCCACGGCAAAAGUUUGUGGAAUUUCCUUCAAACUCUCGAUGGAUGUAAUGCAUUAUAUUUAACUUCAUUAUCCUGUGGUUUACCUGCAUGUUUGCUUGUUUUAUGGAUAAAGCGUCGUGGACUCGUCGUUGGAGUUUACUAAAAUCAAUGGGUAUGGUUAUCUAGCAGCGGUUUGUUGAUGAUUUUGUGGCAAUUAGCAGGUUCUCGUUCCGUCAUGCAUGUAGUAGAUGGCUAGUGGUGUUGCCAAGCUCAAACCACUGUCAUCAGUGAUCACUGAGCCUGAUGAAGUCCUUGUACAAAAUAUGGAAGAAAAUGAAGUGCUAGCUGGACUAGCCAAAAGCAGUGAUUCCGCAAGGAAAACUGAUAUUUUGGACGAGCUGCGUGCAAAUGCGCGGCGAAAUGGUGGUCGAUUACAAUUUGUUGAUCGUCUUUCUCUGUUUCGCGUUUUACAAGAAGCACUUGCCGACCCAAACUCAAACACAAGACUGCGUUGUACGGAGUUUCUGUGCGAAAUCAUUCCAGAAUUUGGGAACGAUUUGGAUGAUUGUAUGACUCUUGUUCUUCCUCAACUCGUUUCUAACAUCGGAGACAACCAGGUGUCGGUAAAGAAAUCUGCGAUUCAGACACUGCAUGUAUACAUGAAACAUUCUUCGCAGGUCAGUGCAGUUUUGAACGCUAUAAUCGAUCAUGGUCUUGAGAGUGACGAUAGAAGAACAAGAACGGAAAGUCUAGUUGCGUUGCCCAUCCUUAUAAUGCCAAACUUGGCGCAUGAAGAUUUGUUUACAUUGACAAAGGCGCUUGUCGGUAGGUUGGAAAAUUCAUCGAGACCCGAAAGCUCGCCUGCUGUCAUUUCUCUCGAACGGAUAAAAAAUGUUGUAGGAUCCUCAGUUUUCGACAAUUACCUUCGGCGAUUGCCCCCUGACCAACAAAACGUUUGUUUAUUGGCGCUUCAAAAUCGGAGUGCCGAUCCAGUACAAGAAAUGGAGGCGUUUGGAGGUCGAAAGGCUAAAAGUGCCAGUCAUUUGAAUUCUAAUGGAAUUAUUACAGACGUUGAUCAGUCAGAUAGAGAUACUGUGUUGGAUAGAGGACAUACUAUAGCAGUAACUAGUAACUUAGAUGACUUUACUGAUGGAGGCUAUGGUCCACUAGAGUAUGGGUUUGUUCCUGUAACUGUGAUGGCAAAACUCAGAGAUCAAAGCAACUGGAGAGUACGAGCACAAGGAAUUGAAGAGUUGAAAACACUAAUGGGUCAAUUGACAGAUACUUCGCCAGUUUACCCAAAUCUAGGUUCACUCUUUGCACUCCUCCUUGGUUUUCUUGACGAUGUGAACUUUAAGAUUGGUGUCACCAGCCUCCAAAUUAUUGGGCUACUUGUAGCCAAACUUGGGGUGGGUGUGCGGCCAGUUUUAAAGCCUCUUCUGUUAGCACUCUCAAACAGAUUGGGAGACAAUAAGAUAGUGAUCAGGCAGGAAAACAUGAAAGUUUUGAUGCAACUUAUGCAAAUCCUAUCUCCAAAAGCAGUGCUGUCUGUGUUGACAACUAAUCUACAACAUCGCAACUCCAGAGUGCGAGAAGAAUCUGUCAAUGUUUUUAUCGCAGCAUUGCUUACUUUCCCCAGUUCGGAUUUCAGUCUUCCAGAUACGACAAACUCAAUUGCCCCUGCCUUGGUGGACAGUAAGAGGAGAGUGAGACAGGCAGCAUUAGAAGCAUUUGCAGUUAUAGCCCAGGCAAUGGGACCUGGACGUAUUCAACCUAUUAUUGCUGCAGUUGAUAGUGUUGAACUUAAUAUGGGGGGUGAGGGUGUUAUGGGUGCCAUAACAGCAAGAUUGGCUCGGAGGCAACUCCCCCGCUUAAAUAGAGAUGGUUUGGUGGAGUAUGCUGUUCCUAUGCCUUCAUCUGGGACAAUAAGAGGCCAGAGCAAUACACCACGUGGAGCUGAUAUUGACUGGAUAUUAGCUGGUACAGCUGGUACAGGUUCUGCAGAUCCUUCUGGGACAGCUCGCUCUACUCCAGGACUUAAUGAUUCUUGGAAUAUGUCAGGACCAAGCCCCCGAAGGUUCUUUAGUGCAGGAAAGAAUCGAUUACCAUGGGAAGGUGACCAGGGUCGAGAUGGAAACCAGGUAUUAUAAGUUAACCAAACAACAAAGUGUUUUCAGCUCCAGAACCAAUGUUUCCUGGUUGCACUUACCACCUUUUUCUUCUUUCUAAACAAUAGUAAUUUAUUAUAAUUUAUUCUGUAUUAUUGUUCAUUGUGUGGCAUUAUUGUUGCUUAAAUUGGUUGUAGAAAUGAGUAGUUCAUCAUACAUGUAAAAUCUGAAAUGUCAAAUAUACACUGUAUCUAGAGUUCUUUAGUGAGAGACAAUAAUUUAGUAAAUACAGUGUAAACCAGAUAUUGGAGAUUAGGUUUCCCGUACACUUUAAUUUGUAUGUCUUUAUUUUUUUCAGUACAAUUCCUAAAUUAGAUUGUUAAUUGGCAUGAAGAUGUGAAUUAGUGAAAAAAAUAAAAAGGAGAAAAUUUUAUUUUCUCCAGGGGCCAAAGAAAAUGGACUUUUGGACAAAGCUGAUUGCUGUGUAUACUGUAUAUCUCAGUGGGAGCAUUUCUCUGCUGAUUUUCCCUUUCCAUUGUUAUUUCUUGAAUAAUGUCCCUAAUAUUUAGUGUUGUGUGGGACAAGUAAAUAACUGGCAAAAAGCCUUUCUUUUCUGUGAAAUUACCUGUCUGUAAAAUUAGUAUUACAUCAAAGCUACUUUUAUUUAAAAUCAGCAAAAAGUACAUGGUUAAUGAUAAAUAAUUUUAUCCAUCAAAUCACAAACUGUAACAAAUAUCUUUUUUGCCAAGAUGACUGAUUUGUUGAUUAUUUUACACUGAUAACUAUAAAAAUUUUUCAUACAUUUUUUGUUGAUUAUUGCCGUCAUUGGCUAUAGAGUGGAACAUAAACUGCAUCUAUCUAUAUCUUUCUAGGCUCCAUACAAACUUGAACUUUACAUUGCCUCUUUUAAAAGCUUUUUUCUCAGAUUUAAAUUUCAGGUUUUAAGAUUUUGAAAAAGCUGAAACUUUAACUUUUAAACUUAUUUCCCCUCAGUAUGGUUUGUUUACAGCUUUUUAAAUCUUGGGUUUGUUUUCAUUUAAACUUGUGAACAUUAUUUGCAUGAAUGUUUAUCAGCUCUGUAUGGGGUGAUUCUACAGUUACGCAAUAUUUCAAUUUUUUCUCUUAAUUUUCCUUCAUUCUAUGUAAGAUAGAAAAGUAAAUGUAAUUGUUAAGUAGAGUUGUGAAAAUUUAAAAGAAAAAUUUGAUACAUUGCAAGAAUUGUAUUUUUUGUGAAGCUCAGUCAAAAAAGAGAAUUUGUGUGCCCAAAAGAAUCACUUUAUAAGCGAGGGAGAUUUAUUAUUGUUGCAGUUGUUUACAAUAUCAGCCUGAUUAAGGAAAUGUUGAGAAAAGGAAGUUAAAAUAUUUGAUGGCCACCAUAACUGCUUUUGUCAAACAACAGUAAAAAUCUGGCUCGGUCUUGUUUUGGGUUUUACUCUGCUUGUGUACUGGAAUUCUCAUAUUUAUUCUAAGUAAAGUAAUUUCCCUGGUUUGAGCAAAAUUUGUGCUCUCCACUAUUAAGAGAAUGUUUUAUUGAGAUAUAUAAAUUUAAGUUUGGCAGUUUGCAAUAUUUUUCAAGAACGAAUUUAAAAACUCAAUAUCACAUCCUCUUGUUAAAGUGCCCUCAAAAGUGUUCACUUUUGAAGGCAGUAUUGUUUUGUUGGGAACGAGAAGAGUGUGUGGGAAGCAUGAAAGGGAUGUGGUAAAUUUCAGGUUAACUGUGUUGAUUUGAUUUUUUUAGCCAAUUGCUGACAACAUUGAUCCAGUGCGGCCACCAGUGAAGCUUAAUUCUUGGGCCCCUACUGAGAUAGUGAGUGAUCGUCCUGUGAAGUCCAAUACACAACCACGAGCAGCAUCAAUGCCCAAGUCUAAGCUGACUUCCUCCUCCUAUGCAGAAAAAUACCAUGCCAUGAGUGUACAAAGGGCCAACCAAGUGGCUGAUCGCCACACCCCAAAGUCUACAGAAAAUAUACCAUCAAGCUCUUAUGCUGAAAUGCACAGGGCUAAGGUGAAGAAAGAUAGAUCCAAGAUUGGUAGUCCUGUGGCACACUUAAGUCAAACAGCUCCAAACAGUUAUGCUUUACUUUACAAGCGUGGAACCAUUACCACUAAAUCCAAGGCUACCAGCAGUGCCGAACCUGCAGUUGGGGAACAGACACCUAAAGAAGCUGUUUUACGUUCUGCACAGUCUGUCACACCUACUCCAUAUACACUUCAAAGUUCAUUCUCACCUGGUGAUGAAGACCCAUUUCCUUCCUCUCAGAGGAAAUCUUUUCCAAUGUCACUGUCCAGCUCCUGGCCUGAUUGGUCAGAAAUGAAGCCUUUUGGUAGAUUGUCUCCAGUCUCCCACAGUAAGUACAUAAACACACUGCACAAAAUAUUGGUGAAGUAAAACAGUAGACUUUGUUCUAAAAGUGUACCAGGAGAGAAAAGCUGACACUUUUCAGGUUCUGAACUCAAUGUGUCACUACUUAAAUCUGGAUAGUGCUUUUGAUAGGUUGAAGAAAUUUUUCAACCCAGUUCAGGGUAGUGACACAACAUCAGUAUGGAAUCCUGCGCUCUUUCGUUAAAUACCAUUUUGUUUGAAAACCAUUCGUGGCGGCACCAAAUGUUUGCUGUUUUCUUUGGCUUCAAGCACAAUCUGAUUGAAUUAAGCAUACUUAAACGCUUGACUCAUGUUAACCGGCUGUUCUGUCUCUCACCAGCUGUUCCUGCUGAAACAGACUCAUCACUGGAUCAGGCUGAUGGUGAAGCAAAGAAAUCUGGUAUGCCAUUGCUGUUGACGCUUUCUUAGAUGGACUCCAUUGAAACUAUUGUAGCUUAGAGAGGUCUCAACCUAAUUAGCAAUUAAUGAAUAAGGCUGAGUAGGAUAUGAAUAAUUAAGCAGAUCGAGGAGGGCGUUAUCUAAAGAGGCCGAAGGCCGAGGUGCAUAACACCCUCCAAAAUCUGCUUAAUUCUUCAUAUCCUACGAAAGCCGAAUUCAUUAAUUACUUUAUUAUUCAUUCAUAAUAAUGCCUAGUUUAAAGUACCCCAACUCUUCAAUUUGUUUUCUUUUGGUAGAUUUCCAUAUCUUUCAAGAACUCAUUAUCGAAAAAUUUUUUCAGAAACAUUGAAUCCUUUUUUUUUUAAGAGCGCUAAAAGUGAUCAAAAUUUUCCAAUUUUUGUGUGCUAUAAGGCCUGGCGCACACUACUGGUGUACACGGCUAAGAAUCUCACAUCGUUUGGCUCUUAUGAACUUAUUAAAACUCAGAUCGCAUCGAUAUUUGGCAAGAAGUUAAAGUUUAUAUACAGCUUUUCAUUGAAUAUUUUUUUUCUGGCUGUAAGACCACAAUAAAAUUAAAAUAUGAAAAAUAUGGCUCAAAAUGGGACCAUUUCUUAACAGCUCGCGUAACAUUUACAGUCUAACCACGCAUAUUGUGGGAUUUCUCUGUUUCUGUUAAUUAUACUUUGGAAAAAUUUCUCCACAGAGGUCAGUGACUUAUGAGUACUAACUGUAUUAAAAAUUGCUGAACAUAAUGGCAAAACAACAAAGUUUAGGGCGUUUUCAGAAAGAUGUUCUGUCUACAUCUGAUCUUUGUGCAGCGCGAACGUCAAUUUAAAAGAUUGCUUUUGAUUGACUUUCUUUUGCUGUUAAGAGAAGAAAUAAUAAUUUUUGGAAUGCUCAUAAGUUAAACCUUCCUUAUAGACUAACUGUUAAGACUUCAGGAAACCCAUUUUUACACUAAGAUCAAAUAUCUAAGGUUAGACAGCAUUUUUUAACUUGAAAAUUCGUAAACCGUGCGUUGCACCGAAAAUCGGAUUCUAGAGUGUGCUUUGGCACAAAGAUUUUGUGCCUAAAAUGUGCCUAAGAUGUGCAUAAAGUGUGCAUUUCAGUUUUGAAAAACGUGCCUAAGCCGUGCCUAAGUUGUGCCCAAACUGUGCCUAAUCUGUGCACAAGUUGUGCCAAAACAUAUUGAGUCACUCGGAAAAUCGUGUUCAGCCUAUCGAGCUCCACAGUGAAAGAAAAGUGCGCACGGCAAUUAUGUCAGUUUUAAGGUUUACGAAGUCUAGAAACACGGGCUGACAACCUUUUUAUCCCCUAAUAAGAAAUAACAUGACUCAUAAUACGGUUAGAGACAGCAGGGAAAGCCCCGACAAACAGGAAAUCGGAAUCUUAAACAGGUUAGCGUAUUUAAAAUAAGUGCUCAGCUCUAGUCAAUUACAUGUUGAUAUAAUUUCAUCGAUUCAAGAAUUUCACUGAUGUUAAAAAAUUUCCAAGUGGGUUUCUUCUCCCCUUCUUAACGGAGCGUUUAGUAGGAACAAAAUAUUUUUUUUUCAGGAGGCCAGAUCUGCAUUCAAAAAAAAGAAUUUACUUGUGAUAUGUCUUAUAAAGAAAACGAAUUAUUGGCUAUUUUUGUGCCUUACUUCUUUAGCUUUGUUUUUGUUAUUAUGGCUUCGACUUUCUGUCAUGAUUUCUUUCAGAAACGAAAGAAAGCCAGUCUGUCAAAUUGCAUGGCAAUCGAAAAGGUUCAGACCGCAUAUAUCGCGUGUGAAUUCAGUUCCACUUUAUCCUCGGAGUAAACACGGACUGUCGAAGAAUACUUUAAUUUUCCAGACUUUCGGCACGGCUCUAAACUUACACUUCCUAUACUUCUAACUGUAUCGUGUUUGAUCUGAAUUAUUUUUGUAAUUCGUACCAAAUUUGUUCUUUUUUGCAAGUCGGGUUACAAAGAUUUUCAAAAAUUGCCCAGCGUUGAAUAUUUGUGCCUAAACCGUGCCAAAACUGUGCCCAAACUGUGCCUAAAAUGUGCCUUAGCAAUAUUUAAAACGUGCCUUAACUGUGCCUAAAGUGUGCCUAAUCUGUGCCUUUGCAUGUUUUUUUCUCGUGCUUUGGCACAAAAACCGUGCCUUUUCUUGAGCGCGAAUCGUGCAUAAGGCACGGUGUUAUGCUCGUGUACACCAGUAGCGUGUGCCAAGCCAUAAGCGCUGCUGGACAAAUUUUUGUCUCGUGGGCUCAUUAGGAACGAGCCAAUGAGAAGCAUCUGAUAUUUGACACUUUUUUAGCAGUGACGUAAGAAAAGGACACUGAAAGUAUAGUGCAACCGCAGAUUAUUUGUUAAGCUUACAAUUUGCAUGAAAAUAUGUCCUCUUCCGAAGAGUUUUCCGACACAAGAGGUGAAGAGUUGACAAAAGUAGCACGAUGUCCUUUUCUUAGGUCACGUUCCAUUUGGACACAUUUAGCUUAGUGGGGGACUAAUGCAAGCGAUAGGUGAAAAUAUCGACAAUACUGCCUUCAUUUUCGAAAAUUAGUUCCUGACAGAUAUGGAAAUCUACCAAAAGAAAACAAAUUGAAGGGUUAGGGGCACUUUAAAAACAUAGCUAAAACAUGCUUACCUGGAUCGAUGUUCAGUUUAUCUUCGAUAGUGUACGUUUAGUUUUGUCCAGCUCUGUAAAUAUUCUCCAAAUAGCAGAUGUCGCUCUCCGAGUUGUCUUCUUUCUGUUUUUGCUAUGUUUUUAGCCAUUAUUUUGCCUAGUUCCAGCUGUAGUUCUUACUCUUGAAACGAGUGAAGUGUCCGCCAUUUUAGUUUUCACAACGAAAGCAACUCAACCUCAUCUCCAGGUCUUCUCAGUUAACAGUGCAUUAACCUGUAGAAGGCUGCAUUUUUGACGUUAUUUCCUUGUUAAACACAAAAUUCUUCCAAAUUUGGUCUUCUGUAAAUGGUUAUGGUGAAUUAUGCAUGCGCUUUUAGCCAAUCAGAAUUGGGGAAGUAUUUUGAAUGAAUAAUAAUAGAGAUUAAGUAAUGGUCCAGCUAAGAAACAGGCAGAAAAACAAUAGCCCGCAGCAAUAGCGUCAGAUAUUUUCCAGGCACUAAUUUCUCUAAUCAAAUUAAAUCUGAUUGGUCAAUGCAGCGAAAAGCGCAAAAUUUGAAUUUUAGAGUUGAAUUAAGAUAGCUUACGACUCAUUCAAACAACUUUUUAUUUCGUCUAUUGCUUUGUUAUGUUGAAAAAUAUAACAUAUCUAAAAUGUAAAAGAUUAAUCAAGGGCUUGGUAUAACCGAAUGUUAAGUAAUGUUUUGGGCGUUUUUUUUUCUUCCAAAUCAGCUGACUUAAGAUAGCUUAAGAUUCAUUCGAACAACUUUUUAUUUCGUCUAUUGCUUUGUUAUGUUGAAAACUAUAACAUAUCUAAAAUGUAAAAGAUUAAAUUUUCUAUGCGCCAAACCUGAGGAAGUUAAAGUGAUAUGAAAUUACAUGAAGAUGAGCACAGUGUUACAUCAAUCAGCGACAUUGUGAACAACAUUUACGUCGGCUCUCACAAAAGAAAUGUCAAAACCAUGAUCAUAAACAGCAGCAAUUCACUCUCAUGUGGCGAAUCUGGUGAACACGCCAAUGUCGCGCGUAGACCAUACAGAACAACAACAAGUACACAAAAUCAAAUCUAAAUGUUAUCUAAAUGUUCUGCAUUUGGAAAAAAAGAUGAUGUUGCCCAGGUAGAAAAAAUUCCUGCAUGUUCGGAGAAUCGAGUUUCAGAAAAAAGCUCUCUUACAGUUUAUCUGUUUAGAUCAGGAGCACGGUUCAUGUGUACAAACAAAAUUUGGCACAUAUAAAUUACAAUAUAUCCUCAAUGUUUACAGCUACAAAGCUGUCCCUUGGUGCAAACAAUAACAACAUGUUGAACUACAGAUCCGCCAAAAAUCAUGAAUAUUUAUUGAAUUUUACAUUUUCUAGAAAUUUAUUUUUUACAAAAAUGUGCAUAAUUUGGGCCGUCACGCGUAACAUUCACACGCAGCAAAUUAUCAUUUUGGUAACAUUUCAUGUUUUAACCAUAAUAGAUUUGAGCAGAACUAGUAUCCUUAUAAAUCAAAAUUAUUUAUAGAUUUCAGCUGUAUAGGUCAAACUUUGUCAGAAAAAGCGGUUUUUGAGAAAAAUGAGCUUUCUUGAACCAGUGUACCAGCAUCACGCUGUACGUUUCAAUCCACGAAAUCAGCAAUGCGUCCAACAUUUCAAACUAUAGAUUGCUUCAAAGAUAAAAUAGCCUCAGUAACUGGAAUGCUCACCUUUUCAACAGUCAAUCCUGAAAAUUUUGGCCUAAUUCCUCUUUACCAUCCAGAGAACGAAGCAAAUUUCUGAUUACCAAACACUUUGAAACGCGCCAUGUUUGCACCUGAUUUUCGCAAGGAAGGCAAAAUGCAAUCAGUCUUCACGCGCGAAGCAUGAAACUGACCUCGCUAAUUUUCUUUCAUGUGUCAUCCUCAACUCAUUCUCAACUUGUAAAUAGCAAUUUUCAUGGAAAAAUAUAAGAAAUUGUGUGCGCUACAAGCAAUUUUUGAAUACCAAGUGUUUUGAAACGUUUCGUGGAAGGUUUCAGGUUACAUUCAGCAACAUUGAUCUCAAAGAAAUGCAGCAACCUCUCAAACUUCCUCCGCCAUCUCACUUGCUUUAACUUGAAGGAAGGCUUCACAACGACCUUGGUAACCACCCAAGAACUUUCCAGAAGUUUAUUGUUAUGCAACAAAUCGAAAACACGUGAUAAAAUGUUCAGUACACGUGCGGUUCUAGUGACAUUCUAGGUCUACAAUUGUCUGCAUAAUUUACUUUAUUUACAUGAUAAAAACAAAGCCAAAACGAAAAUUUAUGUCCUUACAUUCCUUUUAUUUUCAAAAGAACAUUUUUGUGAGAAAAAAUUAAAAAAACAGACCUAAUAAUGUUAACAAACAUGAAAUGGGCGGAGCCGCAAUGCAUCCUGGGUAUUACAGAAAUUGUUCCGAUUAAGUCAAAAUGAGCUAAAACGGUCUAAAAAGUUUUAAUUUGGUUAAAGAGGUUCAUUUUCUUUGCAAAUAAAUUAUUUUAAAUGAAUUUUGAAGUUUUUUAGAAUUUGUCAUAUUUUGUUAACAUGUUAUGCAUCUGUACAUGUGUAGUGUGCUACUGAUCUUACAAGGUUUUGAUAUUUACCCUAUAAAAAUCCUUCUUACAAUCUCUCUUGUCCUUGUUAAACACAAAGGCAAGCUACAGUCAUGCUCCCUAGAUCUUCUGUACCAAGAGAAAGCCAAACACCACUGACAGCUAUUUAUAUGAUACCUAAGCGGCUUCCGUCGCAGAGCUUAAGGGUACAAAAUGCAAACUUCUGUCACAAGUUUCAGUUUGGUCAUUUUAAUUUAAGGUGCGCGGUGAACUUCCAUUUUGUUUGAUGAAGUAGUCUAGAGAGGGAAAGAAAUUGAAUCAGAGAUGGGUAAAGAUACAAGGAAUGUGGAAGUUUCGAAAAGGGCAAACACAAGUGAAUAACACAUAAUGUGCGCGGUGGUGCAAAAGCUUACCUCAAGCUCAAGUGUUCUACAUCUCUUUGAGAAAUCAAUUCAUCUUUGUAAAAACAACAAAUCUUUCACUUUCUCCUUUUAUGCCUAGCUGUACUCCAAUUUCUAAUGCUACAAUUAUUCCGAUCUCCUCCUGAUCUGGCAUGACAACGAAAAUAACUAGAACAUAGAACAAUGGUGAAACUUGGCUGUGAGGCAUAUGGCAAGGGAAUGGGGAAAAUAAAGCUAAAAAAAGUUAUUUUGUCACGUUUCUCACUGUUUUUUGGCAAUUUUUGGAUUUCUGCCAAUCAGAACACUUGAUUUAAUUGAAAUUAAUGAUUAAAAAUUAGCCCCUUUUAAUUGCUUUUGCUGUUCCCCUGCCUGCCUCUUACACGGACCAUUACUUAAACAAAAAUAACUAAAGAAUGGGAGGGACUAAAUCUAGGUGUCAGUUCAUGUAAUCAUUGCAUUAUUUUUGCAAGUUUUCUUUUACACUUUGGGUAAAGUUUAACUUUUUAUACUGUAAUUCAGAAUACUUAUAAGUUUCUACUUUUCUACUAGAUGUACCCCAGACUCCAAUUCAUGUAAAACCCCAGCUUGUUCGUUCAGCAUCCAAAAGUCGUGGCUUACGAGCCACAGACCUGGGAGAAAUCAAGAAGACUGAUAUCCAGUCAAGUGGGAUUGAUUUCCUUGAACUGACUCCAUCACGUCCCCCACAGUUGGCCCCUGUCAAGGUAUGCUUAUCAACAUUUUCUUUGUAGCGAAAAGCUAUCAUUUCAAACAGAGGGUUCAUUUGUGGCAGAUGUUUGCUAGGCUCCAAGGUAGCAAGGAUAUGUUUAACAUGUUUUGAUGGCACUUAAAAGAACUGUUUUAACCUAUGAAAAGCCAGUGGAUAGCUGUUACUAAAAGUAUUUUGGCAAAUUGUAGGUUGGUGGAGGAGGAACCAGUAGGCUUGUGUAGAAAAUGACAAAGUACUUGAAAAGUGCUGUUAUCUUUAUUGGUGUGUACCAUAUUCACCCAUAUAAUAUUAUAAUGUGCACCCCUUUUUAGUUACACUGAGAUUUAAGAAAUGUGCAACUUGUUGUUGGGGCCAAUACUGAAGGAGAUAUGGCUGUUUUAUUUAACUGCCAGACACAUAGUUUGUUCAGACAUCUAUAUAUUUGUAACUGCAUUCUGGAGUUUUUGAAUGGCUGUUUCUCGUUUGAUACUGGCACAGUAAACACAGAACUUGAGGAUUUUGUUAAAACUCUUUCUGACUAAGUUGACCUUAUGUUCAUAGUCCCAUAAUACAGGCACUCAUAACCAGUCCCACGAGGUUUGAAAUUAGGCUAUGGUUUAUGGUCAAAUAAAAAUACAGUAAAGCACAUGACCAUCAACUUCUCAAGAAAAAAAGGGGAUUCCAUGUAUAAUACGGACCUCAAAUUUUAAAACAAGUUUUCAUGAAAAAAAGGUGUGUAUUAAACACAGGGUAAGCUUUAAAUAUGUCGCCACACCUGACUCUUGGUAUCUCACUUAAGUCAACCUAACUACUGAUAAUAAUUACUGCAAUCUUUAUUUCAUAAUUAUUAUACCUCACCACAUUUGCUGCACUUGCAUAAAUUUCCUGUUUUGUUAUUAAUUUUUCAGAUCAUAAAAUCUCACAAAGCCACACUUUGAAAUAGACACUGAGAAAUUAAAAUAAUCUAGUGAAAAAGGAAGGUUGAUUUUAGACAGGUUUGACUUAUUCUCAGGGAGGUACUCAUGUAUUUAACACCAUUAUAGGAAUGUACUCAAUGACGUACUUUUCAGCAGCUGAUCCUUAGUUAGCAAAGAAACUGAAGGAGUGUUAUUUAACAUUUUUUGUAGGCUGGAAAUCUGCCUCCCCAGGAUUUACUUAAACAAGUUCACAAGCAAGCAGAAACCAAACGAGCGUUGAAAAUGUAUUCUGUGAUUAGUGAUGGUGAAGAUGGAAGAAGUCGAACUCCAUCACCCUCAGAUCAUAAUAGAGAGCCAUUUAAUUCAGGAAUUAUAGAAAAUGUUGCAAGGUUUGUUACACGUAAUGACUUAAUACAGUCUAAACUUCAGUCAGGGCUAGACACCAACACUCGCCAUUCACCAUGGGUGAGUAAGAUACCUUUAGUGGAAAGCAAAAAAAUUCAGUUGACCAAGAAUACUUGCCCAAUCAGGCAACUGGUUUUCUGCAGUGUGGAAAGUAGUUUUUGGUGUUCAAACAGCCAGCUAGAAAAAUUAAUUCAUUUAGAAAUAGUUAAUAAUACAAAAAGAACUUCCUUUUGGAAUGCCAAGAAUAACCACAAAAUCUGCAUGCGUCCUACCCGGCAUAGAAAGACUAGGCACAAAAUGGAUGAUGCAAUGGAGGGUCAAGUAGCACUGGGGAUGAGAAACAUCACUGCCAUUUUGAGUAGUUUGCUUUCACGUUUACUGAGGAGUUUUCCAUCAAUUGGUUCUUUGGGCAGUAGCUAUGAAGUUUGGUCAAGAAGCCAAAACCAACAAAAAAAGAACAGCCAAAGUCACCAGAAAAAUAUGAACAGAAAAGGAAGAUGCAGACUGGAAGUCGAUUUCAAAGAGAGUGGCGGUCAGAGUUUGCAUAGUUGGAUAACAAUAAAGAAUGGUGGUAACUUUCUUGAUCUUAAUGCAAAAGCUUUGUUCCAAAAGUUCUUUUUUAAAAAAUGAAUAUGAAGUUGAAGUUGUGGGCAUACAUGUGUAUUGGACUGUUUAACAAGAGUUACCACAGAAGGUCCUUCUGUUUUUGGUAUAACGUUUAAUGGCUGACCCAUUAAACAUGUUUUUUAAUUCAAGAAUUAUUUAGGAGUUGUGUUUGAUGAACAUAUUUCUGGGAAUUCUCAUGUUAAGUAUGUAUUAUCCCAAGCUGGUAAAUGAUAGGGAAUGCUAGGGCUUACAUCAGGCUGUGCUAAUUCCAUUUACACAGCUUAUAUUCGUCCUAUCAUAGAUUAUUGUGACACUGUGUGGAACUGCUACGGAAUUGGCAACAGUUUGUCUCUAGAGAGGCCUCAAAGACGUGCCGCUAAAAUUGUUUCAAAAACGGGCAACAGUGACAGAGCUUUAGAUUAUCUUAAGUGGCCAUCUCUGGUAAUUAGACAAGAGUCAGCCAUAUUAAUGAACUCGUCAAAAGGUGUAUUAAAGGACAAUGCCCGCAAUUAAAAAAAAAACUAUUUUACUUUCAACAGUUCUGUCCACAAUCAAAGUACAAGGCAAAUGAACAUGUUACACCUGACAAGGAUUGGAACUGACUUAGCUAAAACUCUUUUAUUACGAUGGUUCUGUAAUUUUUAAUAGGCCAAAUUUUUAAUAUUUUUAAGAUUUUAUUCAUGUUUACUGUAACUGUGAAAAGUCAAUAUUUUAAGAUUAAAUUUUAGUAUACAUUUAUUAAUUUUUAAGAGAAUUUUAGGAUAAUUGUAUAGUUUUUAUCAGUUUUAUCAUUUUAAUUUUUAUCAGGGCCCCAAAUGAUAGCAGUGCUUAAGGCAUCUGAAUGGGCUGCUACCCUGAUAUGAAUAAAGAAAGGUCUUUCUCUCCCUUUGAUUUUGAUCCACACCCUGCACUGAAAAAUUGGUGGAACAAUGGCCGAAGAGCAAGGCGCCCCAAUUUCAAUGAAAAGUGAAUCACUCAAGGCAAAACACUAUUGCUCUGUUUGGAAAAUUUACUUUUGGUUAUGGCAAGUAACAAAUAUGCUUCUUUUGAUUCUGAAAAGGAAAUAUCUGCUUUGGAAAGUAAAUUUGUAAAUCUACAUUGUACUUUCCACACUGGCAAGUUGUGUCAAAAGUAAGUGUCAAGCCUCUGCUUCAGUGUGUGCUUCUUUCCCAUAUAGAAGAGACAUUAGGGACCCUAAGAUACAAUGGUGGCAACAAGAAUGUCAAAAAAGCAAUAGGUUUAGUAAGCAAAACAACAAUUUUGCACAUGCAUCAUGCUUUUUUGUAUACUUCUUUACCGUCACUGCACAACUACAACGUGAAAAUGUCUAGUUUCAUGUUUUAUGAAGGAUGUAAACAAGUAUUGACUUCCUCUUUCUAGACUUAGAUAAGGCUCUUAGAAAUUCAGUUCCAGGAGAGUUUGCAUACAUUUAACAAAGUAAGUGAGUUGGAAUAAUCACAGUGAAGAUUGAAAAAACAUGAAUUCUUUUUUUAAGUGACGUUUUCCCUGCUGUCGCUGUCCUUGUAUCUUAAGGUUCCUAUUGUUACGAUUAUACUUCUGCUCUACUCUUAACAGCAACAUACUGCACAGAUGGCUUUGCACAAGGCAACAGUAUUGCUCAAUGAUAUGUUUUAUUUUUAGGACAACAAAACCACCACCAAAGCCAGAAUCUCCAUUUGACAGUAGACCACGCAUUGCAAGAACACCAAUCCAUAGGCGUCGAUCAGCAGAAACUCCUGUACAACUUCGAAGCCCAACACCUGUACCUAAUAAGUUUUCAGACAUGGAGAACCCUGGACUUGGUGUUACAGGACAUGGGCUCUUGCCUGCCGGGGGACAGAAACCUGUAAAGGUUUCUCCACUGGAGAAUGGUGUUCAUGAUGAUGACAACAAACAAAGUAAAACUUCAAGAGUGGGUAGCAGCCCUUCAGGAAAUGAUGAGGACAUGCUGGGGGUUGAGGUGGUCGGCCAAGGAUUACUAAGACUGGAUAAACAGCUUGAGGUAUGACAUUUUUGUUAGCUAAUUAUAUUUAGUAUAUACUAAAACAGUGGACAGUGUUUUUUGUGUGCUCUGAUUGGCUACUCGUUUAAGUUAUCAGCAAAAUAGUUUCCUGGUUUGCUUCUGUAACAAACAAAGAAAUUUCACAAUUAAUCAAACAAGCAUUUGCUGAAAUACAUGAAGAAGGUGAUGAAAUUCGGUUUAAAAGCAUUAACAGGUAAAGCUUUGUCUGUUUGACUUGAAUUUAUCAAUGAAACCGGUGAAAAAAUUUCUUGUUUACAAAUGCAAAUUAAGUCUUGGGUUACUUCAUUUAGCUGAAAUGUUCAUAAAUAAGCUCAAGACUGGAUGUAAUAGUUUUUUUACAGAAUGGUUUCAAAUACAAAAAGAAUUCAUAACUUCUUUUUAAGAAAUUUCCCCACAAUAACUAAACGAAUCCCUUCAAAAGUUUUAUGUGUCAGUAAGAAAACAGACGUCCAUUCGGUCAUUUGUGUGCCAGAAUUGUAAUCGUUGGUAGCAGUAAAUGAGUUGAAAACUAUCGUUUUUUUGCUCACUUACUCAAUUAUCUGACUGUUUUAGUAUGUACUAAAACAAUUAUUUACCUCAGUGUUGCUGGCUAGGGGUGGCUAGUUCCCUUGCCAUUUUGUGGCUUGGUUAAUAUCCCAACACUAGCCACCUUCACUUUGGUGAAUAAUAUUGUUAUUUAUUUUACUUCUAUUCUGUUGUUAUUGAGGGUGUGUUGACUGAUGUAUAUUAUCUAUCUUCACAUCUACCCUGUGCUCUUUGAAUAUGUUAUUCUCCAAACACAUGGCAAAGUAUUGUCUAUGUUGUAGAUCAAAAUGAAAUUCAGGGUAAAAUGGUUUCAACCAGGUUGAUUCUCACUCUGCUUUGUUUCCUAAACCAGUAUAUAAUGGCCCUGUAUAUAGGGUUCACCCUGUAUAUUACGGUCACUGGACAACUUCCCAAAAUUUUCUGUUGCCUUAUAUUUUCUGUAAAGUUGACCUGUAUGUAGUGGUCACCUUGUAUUUAACGGUCACUUUGCCAUUUCCCAAAGGUGACCGUUGUACACAGGUUUGACUGUCGUGCAAAAUUUGAAUUCAGAUAUAAAAGCUGAAAAGGCAAAUUCAGUUUAGUUUUUUUCGUCUACAAUUUGAUGAUUGGAUAUGCUAAAAAGUACAGAAAAAUUAUCCAAGGAAAUGCUUUGAACAAAAGAAAAAGAAACUGGCCGUGGGAUGAAAAUUUAACCCCCGGUGUGCAAUAAUAGGCCUUUGAACAACUAGGCCCUGUAAAUUUGGAGCAGUGUCCUUCUCCCUACAGACUGUAGGUGGUUUGAAAAAUUGAGACUCUUCUAUAUCUGUAAUUCUUGAGUUGAAUUCUUGAAAGCCCUGUUGAGAUCCAGCCCUGGAGAAAUCAUUUACCUUAAAAAUCUAUGAAACUGUGGAAUGGUUUUUGCCCUGUAAAUUUAGAAUUGUAUCGUUUAUCUUCCUCAUCCAACAAAAAUUAGCAGCAUAAGUUGGGGAAAUAUGAUCAGUCACUUUGGAUGAGUAAAACUGUUGUCCUUGCAAGUAUUUAGACACCGCACACAUGAAAUAUCCUCAGUAACCUUGGUCAUUAAGAGUGUAUGUUACUUAAGGGGGUCUUAUUUUUGUUAAAUUUCUAAGGGGGUAGGUAUUGAGAACAGUCAUUUGCAGUAUGAAACAGAGGAAUCAGAUGAAGGUUUGGAUGAUAGCACAGAUGAGGACGAUGAUGAGGAUGAUGAUGAUGAUGACGACCAUAAUAAAGAGAAGGAAGCGGAGGAGGAAGAGGGAGAGGAUGAUGCAGAGGAAAAAGAUACUAGUGAUGAGGAGGAAAAAGAAGACAGAGAAGAAGAUGCAGAAGAGGAAACAGAACAAGGUGAUAGUGGGACAGAGAGUGAAGAGGAGCUUGCUUACCCAACACUUUCAGACUCGGUAGAAAGUGACGCCUCACAAACAACAACUACCACAGUGACAGCUACUGAAACAGAAACAUCAACAAUAAAAAGUGAAGAUGACAGUUCGGAUAGUUUGGAAGACAGCGACGAAGACAGUGAUUCUGAAGUCAGAGAGCACAUGGCAAACCAACGUGAUAUGACGCCAAAAACAACAAGAAAAAGCUUGUCUAAAUCAACACGAGAGAGGAUGGAAAGAAUGAGACAAGAAGAGGAAGAAAGGAUGCAGCGAGAACAAGAAAGGUAAGAAGAACUUAGUUUUAUUUGUGUUAUUUCUUUUGUGUUUUGCAUUGAGGUAGAGCUGCCUGUUGGCUGAUUUGUAGAAAAGCAGUUCAAGGUUUAGGGCCAGGUAGGCUUAUACUAGAGCCUCGCGUGUAGAUAAGGUGGUUGGGGAAAACAGGACGCCUUUUAAAUAAGACACAAAAAGCAUGAACCUUAAAGGUUCAUCUUAGCUAAGUCACGAAAACAUUUGCCAUUUAUACGAGAAGUUGUUGGUUCUGAAUAUAAGUAAGGUACAUAUUAGGCCAAAGCUAAUUCAGAGAAAUAUUAACUGUUACUAAUAAAAUCUGUUACUAAUGAAAUAUAAGGGAGAGUGUGACUGUUGUCGGGGUUAAAGGGGUCCUACCAUUCACUGUUAUCACACUAUUAAAUACACCCUAAAACAAAUUGGAUCUCCAGAUGCGAGGGUCAUUCAGUGCUUUGGAAUGUAUGCAAACUAUUUGGUACUUUUUGCAGUCUUUAUGGAAGGGGAGCAAUUUUUCCUUGCAUUAAAUCAUCUGUUGUUAUUCCCUUUGAUUAAUGUAUUGUAUUAUUGUCCCUAAACUUCGAAUCUAUCUAAAAUGUAAGAAUUUUUAAAGUUUUGUGGUGUUCUUCAGUCGUCGGUGCAACUUUAUGACUAUUGACUAUUUGAGAUCGUGGUGUGGGUCAGUGGUAUUUAUUUUAUGUUGAUGCUGUGUAUUUUUAUUAAUAUUAAAGGAUAGUAGAACUGGAGAGGGAUCGCUCUAAACAAUGGCAGCUGCAGCGUGAGGAGGAAGAACGACUUAGGCACAAGAUAAUGAAGGAAAAGUUGGAACUCGGCAAGAUGCUUAACAAGAAAGAGAAGGAGCGGGAAGCAGAGCGGAAGAAACAACAGCAACUACAAGAAGAGCUACAGAAACAGGAGAAAGCACUGAGGGAUCGGCUGAUUAAACAACAACAAGAACUAGAGGAGAUUGAACAAGAAAAGCAGCGAGAAAAGGAACGUCAGAAGGAACGUAUGAAGGAGAGAAUGCGGCAGAAGCAAAAAGAGAAAGAAGCUGAGCGUCUAAAGGCAGAGGCAGAACUGAGGGAAAGAGAACAAGAGGAGGAAAUCAAGAGAAAACUUGCUGAGAAGGAAGCUGAAUUCAAGAGGAAACAGAAUCAAAAAUCUGAAUCAGAAGCGAAUGGUAAGUUAACCUACUUUGAGUUAAUGGUCUGAAGAAUACUCAACACUAUAUUGGUACAGCGAACUAUAAUUCUCUUUGAUAUAUGUUGUUACAGUUGUUUUUGAAAAAAAAAAACCGUUAAUGACGGUUUAAGUUGUCAAGUUAUUUCAGUUAUGUAAGAUACCUUCUGUGUUGUUUUAACUAUUUUCUCUAGGCCUGUCUGUAACUGGAUCCAGUUCCUCGCUUAAGUCAAACAGGAAACCUCCCGCUGGUGGAACGCCGAAGAAGAAAAUGCCUGUCUCUUCGUGAGUACAGCUUUUGUUAAGUUUAUUUUUGGAGUGAAAACCAGAGUUUUCAAAUUCCAAUUUGAUCAGUAAUUUGGGGACCACAGGGUUAUUAGUCCGGUAGGAGUGCGUUACAUGUGCAACCUUCUUAAGAUAAAGUCAGCUUAUCAUCUUUAACUCACUCGUUUUUUAGAGCUCAGUCUGAACGUGAUUCCAGUUAUGCGGUAACAGACGACCCAUCAGAGCUCCGGCGACAUUACGUUGCUUCAGCAGGAAGUAGUAGUACAUCCGCACAGUGCUGGGAAGUUAGUUUGGAAGAGCUACAACCUUUUAAUAAUCCUGAAAAUGCGUUACGAGAUUCGCUCAAAUAUUUGGCAAAUACCGAAGAUUGGUGAGUACUACUUUUAGUGAAAAUUACGGCUUUUGAUAAUAAAACGUCACUGAGAUUACCAGAUUUAAAUGCAAAAGAAUAAUGAAAUGAUUACGGUACGAUACGAAUUGAAGAGAAUAUAACAUUUUUCUUCUGCUACCACCAGGGAGAUGAAAUGUGAAGGGAUUCAAGGAAUUCGUCGCCUUUGUAAACAUCAUCCUGAAGUAUUGAUUUCCCAACUACACGCUGUAACCCUUGCAGUCAUUGCAGAGGUACGCCAUGUAAUAACUGUGAUGUGCCCCAUUAUAGUAUACUCUCUGGGUCCAUAUUAGAUGUUGCAGCUUUGUCUCUAACCAGCCCUCAAUUCUCUGUUUUUAGUCAAAAAUUUUAUUAUUGGUUGUUGAUUAACAGGUGAAGAAUCUUCGAUCACAAGUUUCUCGUUCAGGUAUUUGCUGCCUUGGUGACAUGUACACGACACUCGGAAAAAACAUGGACAAUGUAAGUGAGCUAUCCUAUUUGGUGUCUUCUUGCUCGCAUGAUUUGUAUGAGUCUUUUUAACUCUCCCAUUCUCAUUAUUAAUUAUGGCCACAAAAAACUGCAGUUCUAAUAGUUGACUGGAAAUGAAACUUGAAAUUCCAGUGUUGUUUCCAUUCAAAUAGCACUUCAUCAGCAGUAUGUUUGCGUGGUAUUAUCUUUUGUUGCCAGUCUUUAUAAAAACUUUUUAAGAUCAGUUUAAACUGUGUUUAGAGAAGAAUAAGUGUUCGGGCUAUAAGCUAGUGUAGACAGUGUAAUUUGAUCUCCAGCUUAUUUUCUUCGUUAUUAGACCUCGCAACGUAUAUGACGUCAUCACCACUACAAGAUCAUUGAUAAUUUCUUCGCUAUAGCGUAGAAAUAGCGUUAUGACUUUCACAUUGUUUGAUGCCUUUUUUCCAGGAACUGGAAGUCACUGCCAAAAUUCUUUUAGCAAAAGGCGGUGAAUCAAGUGGAUUUAUCAGAGACGAUGUUGAAAAGUCCCUUACAGCUAUGGUCAGCUCACUUACUCCCACACGUGUGAUGGUCGCGCUUAUUUCCGGAGGGGCAAGGUUUGUUCUUAAACUAAAAUCCCUUGUGAUUUUGUGAGUCUUAGUUGGGCAUUACACUGUUAAGUUAUAAUACAAAAACUGUUCUUUUCAGUGCAACGUCAAGAACAGUUUUGCAUCUUAUUUGGUUGUGGUUCGAACAGCUUUGUGAUUGGCUAAAAUAAAUUACGCGCCUUUUUGACCCAAUCAGAAGUAGACCGAAACUAAGGAUAAUUUGUCGCGCGCGUUUCCCGCGCUUCACCGGCGUGGACCACAUUAUAUUUGUUUCGGGUUCUUGACCGGUUUAUUUUCCUUGGCUGACCAGUUGAAGCUACAAUUGGGGAAAAUUGUAAAAUUGUCGAGACAUUGUUCUCAAAUAGAGUAACUUCAGAGAACAAAAGAAUCCACGCCCCUCUCCCUUCGGCACAUACAUACAUACUUAUAUACGUGAUUUAUUUUUUAGGCAGGUUAAGUGUUUGACAGCUAGAAAGCUGAUGUGGACUUGCCAAAAAAAACCCAGAAAAUCCUACUUACAAAUACAAAUAAUACAAUAAAAUACAAUAAAAUUCUGCUUACAAAUACACAUACUUCCUAUAUAAACGCUCCUAUGCAGAUUUUAUAAUUCUAUGAUAAAUAAGUGAAUAAUUAAGUACAAGAUUAGAACAUAAUAGGAUACAGCCUCAAAGUAUAAAAAUCUUUCCUUUUUGUUGAUAAUGACGGCAGCCUCUUUCUGGAAGUUGAUUUUAUUAAUAAUGUUCCAGGCCUUUUUGCAGGCUAAGAUUGAAGGUCUGUGCAUUUUCAAGUUCCUUUAGAUCAUCGGGGUGACUGUUCCAGAUUAGUGGUCCUCUAUACCUUAAACUAUUUCUACCUACUUCAGAUUUGCAGGAUCGGAUGAUGUCAAGUUGAAACCUUCUGCACAUGUCGUAUCCAUUGUCCUUUUUCUUUUUAAAAAGAUUGUUGAUUUCUGUUUUAUUACACAGUAUACUUGAAGCAUUAGAGUUACUAACUUUCUUCACAACAUUGCAUGGAGGGGAUGGGGACGGAAAGCUUUAUUUCCCCCAUCUGAAGUCACUAAAACGUCAGAAAGCCACUUAGGGCUAAGUGUUUCAACUUAGUUUGUCGCCGAUUGUAGCUGACAGAGCUCACAGUGUCUUAGCUGGUCACAUGCAACAACUUUCUACUUCUGAACCUCCAUUAAGAAGCCGCAUGUUAAGCGACCACCUUUUGGUCGUCCCGACUAGAGUUCUUCCAUUGUUGUCACCUCUAUUAAGCGGCCAGCUUAGUUUGUCUUUAUUUUAAAAAUGUGAUGAAGGAAUGUCGCUAGUUGCGUGUUUGUUUCAAAAUAAAGUAGUAUUUCCGCUGACGAUUAUGCCAGUUUAUAGUGAACCUCUAUUUAGUGGCUAGCUUCCAUUGAGCGGACACUUGUCAGAUCCCGAAGGAUAGGCCAUUUGUACUAAGAGGUCAUGUAACAUCAUUUUUAUGAAAAUGAAAGUUAUGUGAUUUUCCCUUCGAAAAACGAUUAGUGGGUCGUAGACAAAAUAAUAGUGAUUUGGCUUUUCAAACCCGCACCAUUUUCUUAAAAUGAGUAAGUUCGUAGCUGGUCACGUGACCAAAACGUGAUUUUUGUUAAAAAAAAAAAAAUAUGAAUUACCUCUUUCUGAACACAAAUUUUACACUUAAACUUCAAGGAAAAUGUUGAAAAGAUGAUGUGAUAACGUUUACAGCACAUCUGAGCGUAACUAUCAAACGUUUACCAAGAUGCAAGCAAAAAGUAGUUACAUGGUGGUCAAUACAAAUCAUACUACUUUGUUGAAAAAACAAAGUGCCAUGAAAUAUCUCCCGUAAAUGCGUUUUCUCUCAAAUUUCGGGUGUAAGAUAAUUUUUACGUGCUCUGUCAUCAGCAAGAUUCCAACUCAUUGUUUAAAGGAAGCAUCGGUCACGUGACUUCUUAGUGCAAGUGACCUUGUCAGGUGAUUUAGUCGCUUCACUUCAUCGUGUAAUAAACGAUAUUAGGUCAUUACUGUCCGUGAGCAUCGUGACAACCCCGCUUUUUUUAACUUUCCAUGUUGUUGUCUUAUAGUCAUCGUAAUGUUGCUGUUCGUAAAACCACUGCCCAGUUCUUGAGCUUGCUGGCAGAACGCAUGGGAGCAAGUCGCUUGAUGAGUGGUGCAAAGGAUGUUACUGAGAGAAUAUUACCAACUGCUGCUCAAUUUGUUACUGACGGAGGUCCGGAAACAAGGUACGGUAUAAAAGCCAUUGUACUGUUAAUCUCCAUCGAAUUGAUUUCUUACACAACACGUUUGUAGAUCUACACCAGUUUUAAUACCACACGCUAACAUAGGACCUUUCUUAUGGUUCAAACUGAGUAAAAAUCAAAGAGAAUCCCCUUCUAGCUAGUUUUGGAACAAAAACGCAACUUUUCAAAACAUCUUUUCAAUAACAGUAACUGCUGCAAACUUUGUAUCGAAUAGACAACAGUUUAAAUUUUUAUUAAGUACUUUAGCUAAUUAGUGACUUUGAUUUUUAGCAUUUUAGUAGCAUGGUUUCAUUAGUGUCUCCAAUUAGUCCCGUUUGGGCUAAAUACCUUCACACUUAAAAGAAAUGCUCUAUCUAUCUGUCCGGAGUGAACCGGCAUUUGUCGGUAAGCAUUUGCUGGAAACAGUGGACUAUUAUCCUCUAAUGUUCUUAGGGCUUCGUAACAUGCUCCUCCUCACUCGUGACGAAGCCCUAAGAACGUUUGUUUGGGAGGGUAUUUCAUUAUUAUAUUUCAUUUGAUAUCGAACAAGCCAAUAGUUGAGGAACUUCUCCAGCCACUUUACACAGAUUGGCCUUGGGCCAAACAAAGGCAAUUCUUAAAAUAUAAAACAAGCUUUUACAAUUGUUUGCGUGAAGUGGCAGCAUUUUGUUCGAUUUUCAGGUACUAUGGACGUAAGAUUCUUCACAUUAUGUACGAUCAUCCAGAGUUCGACAAAAACGUGACCAAAUAUGUUCCGUCCAACCUACAGAAGAACGUGCGUGAUACUGUCGAAAAUCUCAGGACCAAGGUAACGUUUGUCAUACAGUAGAGUAGAGGAAGUGUGACGCCACAAACAUUCGAAUUUGUGAAGUUGUAGGAUUGAUUGGCAUAUCCAGAAAGAGCAAGAUGAAAAGCGCUGUCUUGCCAAAAGUCAGCCUGUUACAUGUAGUGCGAAUUGUUAGGAGAUAUAAGCACCAUUAUGCUCUGAUGACUCUAUACAAAUCCCUCUAAAAUGGGCUUGGAUACUAACCCCACCAACUUGCACUAAUAGGCAGAUUUUUAGGAAGGGGGCGUUUUCUUGUUUUUUUCUGGAUGUGCUAGCCAAUCCAACAAUUUCACAAGUUUAGUUUUUGCGACAUCAUCCCUUCUUUAAACUAUACCCAAUGUAAUCUCAUUCUCUCUCAAUGUUAUCUCCUUCCUGAUUACUGUUAGUCUUUUAGUGACUCUCAAGGCCACCACUGUAAAAGGCAGUUGUCAGUAAUGCUUCUCAUGAUUGCUUUUUGGUUCUCAAACUAAUUGCAUGUCUUUCUUACGCACUUAGGGUCUUGGUGAUCCACCCUCGGACCUCUCAUCUUCCGCCCGGCAGCGGAAGCCCGCAUCCGGCGGCGGAGGUUCGCGCAGUGGUGGAAUGCGAGGAUCUGUGGCCAUGUCUCCGUCAUCAAACUCCAGGUACUCUGAAUAGCAGUUAAGUUAAACUCCUUGUUAGUCUUUGUGAUUUCCUGACAUAUCGUAUUUUUUCCUUAGCUCUAGAGAGUCGUCUCGGAGUGGUAAAUCUGUGGCCCGUGACGGUCUGAUUCAGGUGAGUGGCCUGUGCAGAGAAAUCACGUGAUUGAUAUUUUCAGUUUUUGCCAACAGGUGUCUGGAUAUUUUUGCUUUUAGGGUGAAGAGGUGAUUCCAAACAUUAUCAACUCUUUACAAGCGAACGACUGGAAGGAAAGGCAGCACGCUGUUGAUCAGUUUGUUGAUUUGCUACAGCUCAACCCAGAUGGACUGGGACCUAAAUUUACCAAGGUACAUACAUAUGUAUACUUAAAUUAAGGGAAUUGCCAUAAGUUUUCUAAAAAAACAGUAAAGGUAAAAAUUGAGGUGAAUGCUUUCGUUCCUAAGUAAACGCACUUUUCAUCGUAUAGAAACUUGCAAACUUUAUUUUUGCAGGUUUUUGAUGCAUUCGUUCCUCGACUUCAAGAUUCUAACAGCAAGGUACGUCCUUAUGCACCUAUCAAUGUAAACCCCGUGGGGGGGAGUGCGGGCAAGGGGUGGGGAUUUGACAAAUUUUAAAUUUUUUUGAUCAAAUUCCCCAGGGUGGGAAACGAAAGGUCAAUCAAAAGUGUCAAAAAAGCCCCCACCCCAGGAGAAAAAAUCUAAACAAACAAUACUAUAAUACUAUACAAAACGAAUAAAAGAACAUUUCAAAAGUACGUUCUUAACUACGUUUAUUUAAGGUUAACGUAAGCUCCGUUAAAUUAUUCGCUGUAAUUAAGUAUUUUCUCUCUCCACUAGCAUCUCUUAUUUUGAACAACAAAAUCACUCCCGGAAGAUUGACCGUGCUAUUAUAAUAUUAAUGAAACGUAAAAUGCUUUAUAACAUCUGCUCAACAGGUCGAAACAGGUCGGAUCAGUGACCCGUAAAAAAUCUAGCCUGCGAGCAAGCUCUCCAUUUGGGCAAUAUCGUGAAAAGUACACGCGCGAGAGGCACGCGAGAGGAGACGCGACUGCGGGGGGGGUCCUUUCGCCGGCCCCUCGCGGCUUCGCCGCUCGCUCGCGCGUUCGCUCGCCCAAACUACGCUUCGCUCGCCUGGAGAGCUUGCUCGCAGGCUAUAAAAAAUCCUCUGACUUUCAUGGUGGAAUUCAAUUUCAAUCGAGUUUUACAAUCAGAUGGGAACUUAAAGAUAAAAACUUUCACAAAAUAGACAUUAUCUGUUUAGAUGACCGUUUAAAGUAUCAGAUUAUGGCGCUUAAAACAAAUGAAAACUUCAUACCUUUCUCCAACAGCGUGACUGUCAGAAAGCCUCGAGGGACAGACUUGGUAACCGCCUCUGAAUUGAUACCAGGCUUCUGUCGGUCAAAGUCAAAUUUCCCGAUCCCGGGGUCACUUCGCACGAUCAAAAGCCCGACAUUGGGGAUAGUCUCAGGCAUCAAAUCCCCACCCCUUGCCCGCACUCCCCCCUCACGGGAUUUACAUUGAUAGGUGCAUUACAUAUAUUCAUAACUGGAACGAUGGUCAAGGUUUCGAAUAAAAUUCAUACUUGGCUCCGAGGCUGAGAAGAUUGAAACAAAGGAAAUCACGUUAAAGGGCGAUGUCACGAGGAUAUUACUGUUUUAGGUCAAUUCUGUGCUUACUUACUGCCUUUACUCAAGCAAAUGUCGUCGGGGGCACUAACCAUAUUAGUUUUUUUGGUGAUUUUUUUACAGGUAUAGCAUUAUUGCAAGCUUCAAUUCAUGCCCAUCCUUGCCAUCCGUAGCAACAGAAAACAGCAAACAGUUUCAAUGCUUAAAGAUAGUGUUAAAUAACAAAACCAGACCAUUACUUUAAUGGAAAUCAAUUAAUUUGAAGGCACAAUUAAGCUUUUCAAAAAACAGCAAAUGGCGCUACGCCGUAGCUCGUUAAAAUUCAGGUUUGAAUUUUUUCCUUCUCAGGUGAAUCUACACGCCCUACAGUGCCUUCCCAAGAUCCUUCCCUGUCUCGCUAACCAAUCAGGGGCCCUUGUUCCUCCGUUGGUGAGCGCCUUGACGUCUAAUCUUGCAUCCAAGAACUCAAAUAUUUUUUCCACUGCAGUGGGAGCCCUAGAUGCUCUGAUUAAAAAUAUAGGUAACAGUGUUUUUGCUCUUAUUUCUCGCCUAAAACUUCCUUCUUUGAUUUCCAUAACGACUGAUGCAGGGAGUCAUAAAUCAUAUUUCUGAGUGUGGGUGAACUCCUUUGAGUGAAUGCUCAGCUGUCGGGCAGCAAUUAUUUUGGUACUGUGUAUUGUAUUGUAUACCCUAAACUUUCGAUUGUAGAUAGAACUCAAACAUCUGACGAUAGAAGCUAGUCAGCACUUAACAUUCAAAUCCAUUGUUCAAUUUUAUGUUUUUCUUUGUACAUCUUUUACCAACAAAUCAUAUGCACGGUCUUGUUCGUCCAUAAAUAGUUGCUACUUUUGUUUUGAUUGACGUUGCUCUCGUUUAUAGACAACAGCCUCCUCGUUCAACCAUUUUGUACAACAACGCAAUACGGAAGUGGCAGAGUCAAACCUAUCAUGAUCGAGAAGUUAGCAGGUAUGAAAACUUUUUCUUGUUGAUGUUUAUUUUGUAAAGGUAAGGGACUUGUCAGAAAUUAGCAGAGGGGAGGGGGGGGGGGUGGAAACAAACGGAGGGUCACAACUUUUUGAGACUCAGAAAAGGGAUGGGUCGUGAAAAAUGGGCCGUUAAAAGGGGGAGGGUCAUGCAAAUAUGUGCCCAUGACCAUGUAAAGGUUCACCCACAGAAGAAAAGGGAAGUUCUUUAUUUUGUUCAAAAAAACCUGAGAGAAAUAGGAGAGUCGAGUGAUCAGCUGUCAGAAUCAGAGUCGAACUCUUAAUGCUGUCAUCUAAAAUGUAUGUAUAUGGCAUUACAAAGAACAGGUUAGAAAUAUAUUUUGAGCUUUUAUAAUACUGACUCACCCUAGUGUAUUGCAAGAACUAGAUUUUAUCAUUUAUACAAGAGGGGGAGGGUCAUGAUGUUUUAGGCCAAGGUUAAGGGGAGGGUUAGCAAAUUUCACUCCCAUUGCAAGGAUGGGUCACCUCAUUUCCAAAUCCAAAUUUAAAAUUUCCACCCCCCCCCCUCCCCCUGCUAAUUUCUGAAGUCCCUAAAACACAAAUUAAUUUUGUGUCAAAGGAUGAACCAAAAUUUCUGACACACUUGCAAAAUGGUUAUUGUUCCCUUGGCUGUUUGUCUUUGUAAACCAUAUUUAGUGGAGGAGACUUGUUAUAAAAGCCAGCGAUGCUGCAGUUUAUAUUGGGGGCUGCUUGACCGUGCACAAUCCUUUGGCUCACAAAUUGUGACUGAAUAAAUUAAUGCGAUGUUUCUAUUGGUCAGUAAGUUCAGAAUGAUAGGAAAACUAUUGAACAUUUUUCACGUUCAGCUCCAAAAAAGAUAACAAAAACAUACAACAAAGGAGUCUAAAGGGCUUCAUAACCGUUGCACUUGCGAAAUCUAACUAUAAUGAAAUGUUUCUCUCAAUUUAUUACAUAGUUUAAGUGCUAAACAAGAGAAAAAAUAGGACCUCCGCCUUAGAAACGUACUAUUCCUGGUGUGAAGAAAAUGUCGGAGUAUACUGUGCUGUCCUUGACUGAUCUUUUAUCUAACAUAAACUGGAAGAGACGUGACAAAUAAGCGAGCGCAACGAGCAUGUCACGCACACGUCUUGCAGCAACCACGUUACAAGAAAUCUGAGGGCUGUAAAACAGUUCAGUUCAACCCUGAAGGCCUUUUCUCGUAAAAAAAUCAAAUACGACACGCAGUGUUUCAUCCAAUUUUCUGACCAGUCGUUUAAAGCCCUGUUUGCAUAUGAUUGCUACGAUCGCUGCGAUCGCUGAACCUUUCUUUUCUCAGCGAUCGCAGCGAUCGCAGCGAUCGUAGCGAUCAUAUGGAAACCGGGCUUAAACUGACUUCGAGGUGUCUGGAUGUCUGAUGAAACACUGGGUAGAGUGUUGGAUGGUAUGUAGCUUCUCAAAUGGCAAUAAUUCUUGAAGAAAAUCAAAACUUUUAAAAGUUCUCAAAGUUUUAUGAUGAUUAAGAUCCGAUAUGCGAAGUGAUUUUAGCUUGCGCUCUCUUCUGUUUCCUCGCCGCUAGGUUGUCCCUAGCUGAGAGCAGCGACAAGAGACGGCCGUAUAGGCGAAUCUUUGUUUACACUAUUUGCCUCAUUAACAUAUGCUUAUCACUAUCUGAUGACGCCAAUAAGAAAAAUUUCUGAAUGUUGAAAGGGCAUAACAGUGUCAGUUAUCUUUAGAAAUUUGAGCCCAAUACCACGAAUGGUUUGGGAGAAAUUCUCUUCUAAAAACUCGAAAUUUUACAGAAAAUGUAUGGCACAUUAACCUUUUUGCCACCCAGCAAUUUCGCAGUUUUUGAUGACUGAUAUUUCCUUCAAUACUGCUUGCAAAGAGCUGAAAAUUGCACAAAUUGCUCAUCUUAAUCAGCUCUUUCAACUUUUGCAUUUUAGUUUAUAUAUACGGCCACGGCUUCUAUGAGUGAAGUUGUAUGCUAAUGAGGAAAAAUGUAAACAAUGACGUCAGCAAACGUUCGCCUAUUCGCAGGCUAAAGCGAUUUCCUUCAUCUUGUGAAUUACUGAUGAUUUGUUUUGAAAACUCUUCGCCGUGUUUUUAUCUGUUAGGUAUUUGUCCUACUGUGUACAGCCGGAAGCCUCAGGUUAUAACACGACAUGUUCUGCCCUUGUUGUGGAAUCUCCUUAGCUUGUCAAGUAACGGAAGUGCAGGAGGCAAUAACACCUCCAUACGGGCUUCGGUUGGUAAAUUAACAACAACACUCUACUCCAUCAUGGGAAGUCUUUUUAUAGAGCAAGCAUCGACGCAAUUACCAAGAGUACAGGAAAAAAUUCACGAUAUGAUUGGAUCAUGACAGAAAAAUACAGUAUGCCGGACAUUUGGGGCUGAAAAUAUGGGGUGAUCUUUGAGAAAAAAAGUUUUUCGAAACUGCAGUGAGGUUUUUUUUUCCGAUAUUAUUAUUAGCUAAAUUUACAAAAAAAAAAUUUCACAUGGACUAAGCAUCUCCUAACUGUGGUAGUUAUAACCACUGGAGACAGUUAGGGGAGAAAAGAAAUGUGAUUGGCAGUUUUUGUAAAUUAUUUAGUGCAGUUUAUUUAUGACAGAAACAGGUUUUGCCAUGCCACGCAAUUUUUAAAGACAAUAUGGCAGCAGUAACUCAGAAGGGACGGUUGAUCUUAUAAACACUAGCAUCUCUCUUUUUAACGAUAGCAUUUUAUUUUCGUAAUAAAAACUAUCUGAUUGCAAUUUGUAAAACGAUGAAGACUGGCCACCUUGCUUACGUUGGGUAACAAGUCAAGGAAGGGAUGGAGCAGUUUUAUCGCGUCUUGUCUCGCAACAGCCUUACUUUGAAGUUUACAGUAGCAAUUUUGCACUGGCAAAAUAUUGUUCGUGUAGCUAUAAGAUAGUAGCGUUGUGCGUAAGUUAAAUUUAUUUAUUGAGCACGUAAAUUAAGGGUUAUGAAAGAAACGUAUCAUAUGUUAGUUAGAAUAAACAUGAGUUGACCAAAGGCGAAAUUCUCCAAAGGCAUUUAUUGCAAGGCACUUGGACAGCAGUCAAGAGAAAUAGCUUCUUGAUAAUGUAUACUUAAUGUAAAAAGGUUUUAAAGACAUUUUCAUUUCUCGUCGAGGGAAAAUUUGGGCAUUGGCUUUGGACAUUUUUUUCCCUGACUGUGGGAAAAAGCUAAAAUUAUAGUUAACCAGAUUAUUUUUGUAAGGUUGCAGAUUUUUAUUUGUACAGCAUUUGUUAGGGUGUAAUUUGAGUGUAGCUCAAUUUAUUUAUUAGUUUGAGUCUGAGUUUCGUUUGCAGAGUGGUCAGCACUAUUUGUGCUGUUGAUAGCGGCGCACAGGCUGUGAGAAACUAAAUUGCUUGUGAAAUACAGCUAUUUUUAUAAACGAUGGGAAACAAGCAAAAGGCUUUAGGCCAAGAUCGCAAAGUAGUAUGGGUAUUUUCAAAUCCCUUUCCACUCAAUGCCAUUCUAAAAUCUUUCGACGGUCAUCAAAUGGAUUAGUGCCAGCUAAAACUGCGUUAAGACAAAAUCACGCACGUAAACUUUAAUAAGUUUAGCCUUUGAUCUAUUAAUUGAACUUUCGGACACAAGUAUCUUCAUUUCCUGGUUGACCAUACAAGUCAUAAGCUGCUUUUAGUGACAGCGUUAUUUGGGAGUCAGUUUGUUCAGUUUGCGCGGAUGCAUGUCAUGUAUGGCCGCACUUUUUAAGGCCUUUCAGCUACCUCGGUAGGCUUUUGUACUUUAUGCUUUUGGUUCCCCACUUAAAUGUUCUUUUUCUUUUUAAUGCUCCAUUUUUUCUACUAGAAUGUUCUAUCUUCUCCCGCCCAAAGUCACUUCAGUGCUUGUAAACACUCAUCAUACAGAGGCUUUUUUUGUUAAUAUGUGGUAUACCAACAAUAUAGACAAGUUUAUUGUUUUAAUACAGCAAAAUAUAAUCCUCGAAACGGCGUGUUUAAGGAUGGCAUUUGAAUUUUUUAAUUUGGACUUUUUUCGUGAAAAAUGUUUUAACACUUUUUUAAUUUCCAUUUUCCUAGGAAUUCCGGGGAGUUUCCACUAAAAUGGUCGAUGAAAUGUUAGCAUUAAACUCUGCCAUCACCUGAAAAUUUUGUUGCAUAACGCUCCACAGUUCCUUAUGAAGGCAAGUACCUCAUUGUCUGCACACCCUAACACCUCUUUUAUCCAUGUCACACGCGGCUCUUCGCCAUGUGGUCGCGGCGUCGUAAAAAAUCCCAUAUUACCUUGCGGUCUUGCUUUUAAGGCGUUUUGCUUUUUUUUUCGACAAUUUUCUCCGAAACAGCUGUAAGCUGCUGUCCUAUUGCCAUCUAUAAGAGGCUUUCUUGCCACUUGUCAUAUCUC